AUGGAGAACAACGAGAAUCUGCAGGUCCAGGUUGCCCAGUCUGAAGUGGGGUGGAGAGCAUUCCUAGGGUUUUGUGCGCAGCAAGAGCAAGCGCGCAUUCGAGAAGAUUCCAUGAACGCAGCCAACAAGGUUCGAGCCAAUCCACUGUCUCCCAAGAAUCAUCGUCGGCUACCCUCUCCUCGUGGCUCCAAGGCAGGAGGAAAGCGCGCCUCCUUCGACGACGAAACGCUACUUCAGAAAGCCAACCAAAACAAACGAGCCAAGAUGUCUCACGAGUCGGCGCAAUCAAUGUCGAGUGCGAGUUUACAUGCCGGCAUGAGGUGCGAAGACACGCUCAAUCAUGUUGGUGCUGGAGCAAGUAUGAUGUCUCCAGCUCUCAUGGCGCAUUAUGGUAACCCUCUGCAGGCGCAACAGGCAGCGGCUGCCAGCUCGUUGUUUCUCAAUCCGGCACUGUUCGCGGCUGCCAAUGCGGCAGCUGCACAUCAGCUCAUUUUGGCUCAGGCAUUGGCUGCCAGUGGCUCCACGCCUACAACAGUGCAGCAGCAACUCAACUCUAUUAUUUCUUCCGAGAUCAAUCGUCUCGCAACAACCGGAGGAUCAUCCGAUCAUGGUGGCUUGGCGCGUCCAUCCUAUCCGUCCAUGCUGGACGCAAAGCUACCUCCUUCAGCACUUCCUGGCAAUGCUAUGAUGCAACACGAUGCAACGAUUGCAUGCCUCAACCUGGGGGAAGAGUUCUUACCCAUGUUGCCCGGUUGCAAACUUUGUGAUUGUGGAAUGGCCUUAUGCCACGAAAUUGGGUAUCCCAAUCGUUGCUCCGUUCCCUUUCCGGAUAACGAUGAAGGUCUCUUGACUGAGUGGUGCCAAACCCUGGACAUUGCGGAUCCGCGUCGUUUGCGGGAGAUUCGGCUCAAUCCUUCCAAGUUUCGCUUGGCAUAUUGGCACUUUCGAAAACGAGGCGACCAGAAGCGGCUGUUGCCCGACCAAAGCCUUCAAGGUUUCGUGGACGAAGUACAGGAUACGAUGGGACGGCGAAAACCCUCCAAGCGCAUGUUGGAGCUUCAUAGCUACUGGUGUCGUGUCCGACGACCGCCAACCUUGGACCCUUAA